GAGUCUCUCUGACAGCCACAAGCUGAGUUAGGAUUGGUGUGUCUGGUGAGAUUUGCCCUGUUGAAUGAUACUGAUGCCUCUCUAUUUACUUUUACUUGCUACUCGUGGAUACCUUGUGCACCCUAGAAACAGAGACACCAGACAUAGCACAAGUCCUGCUCACAAAUACUAUCUGGCUAUGGACCCUAUGUCUGAAUCACUUUAUCUAUCAGACACCAAUACUCGAAAAGUCUACAAGUUGAAAUCUCUUGUGGAAACAAAAGAUCUGACUAAGAAUUUUGAAGUGGUGGCAGGAACAGGUGAUCAGUGCCUUCCAUUUGACCAGAGUCAUUGUGGAGAUGGUGGGAGAGCAUCGGAAGCUUCACUGAACAGCCCUCGAGGCAUCACAGUUGAUAGGCAUGGAUUCAUUUACUUUGUGGAUGGGACUAUGAUUCGGAAAAUUGAUGAGAAUGCUGUGAUCUCCACUGUAAUCGGCUCAAAUGGUCUGACUUCCACACAGCCACUGAGCUGUGACUCAGGAAUGGACAUCACUCAGGUGCGGUUAGAGUGGCCAACAGACCUUGCAGUCAAUCCCAUGGACAAUUCAUUGUAUGUCUUAGAUAACAAUAUUGUGCUGCAAAUUUCUGAGAACAGGCGCGUGCGGAUCAUUGCAGGGCGCCCCAUUCACUGCCAGGUGCCAGGUAUUGAUCAUUUCUUGGUCAGCAAGGUGGCAAUUCACUCCACUCUGGAGUCAGCGAGGGCCAUCAGCGUCUCCCACAGCGGCCUGCUCUUCAUAGCUGAAACAGAUGAGAGGAAAGUAAACCGCAUUCAGCAAGUUACCACCAAUGGGGAGAUCUCCAUCAUGGCUGGUGCCCCCACUGACUGUGAUUGCAAAAUUGAUCCCAACUGUGACUGUUUUUCAGGUGAUGGUGGCUAUGCCAAAGAUGCAAAGAUGAAAGCCCCUUCCUCUUUAGCAGUGUCUCCUGAUGGCACCCUCUAUGUGGCUGACCUUGGGAACGUUCGAAUUCGAACCAUUAGUAGGAACCAAGCCCACCUGAAUGACAUGAACCUUUAUGAGAUUGCUUCACCUGCUGAUCAGGAACUCUACCAGUUCACCGUCAAUGGAACCCACCUGCACACCUUGAACUUGAUAACAAGGGACUAUGUGUAUAAUUUCACCUACAAUGCUGAAGGUGACUUGGGCGCCAUUACCAGUAGCAAUGGCAACUCUGUGCAUAUUCGCAGGGAUGCAGGCGGAAUGCCCCUUUGGCUUGUAGUGCCUGGCGGGCAGGUGUACUGGCUGACCAUAAGCAGUAAUGGAGUUCUGAAAAGAGUAUCAGCCCAAGGCUAUAACCUGGCCUUGAUGACCUAUCCAGGAAACACUGGGCUUCUGGCUACCAAAAGUAAUGAAAAUGGAUGGACAACCGUUUAUGAGUAUGACCUCGAGGGACAUCUGACCAAUGCAACAUUCCCCACUGGAGAAGUCAGCAGCUUCCACAGUGACCUGGAGAAGCUGACAAAAGUGGAGCUGGAUACUUCCAACCAUGAAAAUGUCCUCAUGUCAACCAACUUGACAGCAACUACUACCAUCUAUAUUUUAAAACAAGAAAAUACCCAAAGUACAUAUCGGGUGAGUCCAGAUGGCUCCCUACGUGUCACCUUUGCCAGUGGGAUGGAGAUCAGCCUCAGCUCAGAGCCUCACAUCCUGGCCGGGGCGGUCAACCCCACCCUGGGCAAAUGCAACAUCUCAUUGCCCGGAGAGCACAACGCAAACCUCAUUGAGUGGCGGCAGCGGAAGGAGCAAAACAAAGGCAAUGUUUCAGCUUUUGAAAGGAGACUGAGGGCCCAUAACAGAAACCUGCUGUCCAUAGAUUUUGAUCAUAUAACACGCACAGGAAAGAUCUAUGAUGACCAUCGGAAAUUCACCCUUCGAAUUCUUUAUGAUCAAACUGGACGACCUGUCCUGUGGUCUCCUGUAAGCAGAUAUAAUGAAGUGAACAUCACGUAUUCACCUUCAGGACUGGUGACAUUUAUUCAAAGGGGGAUGUGGAAUGAAAAAAUGGAAUAUGACCAGAGUGGAAAAAUAAUUUCAAGAACUUGGGCUGAUGGGAAAAUUUGGAGCUAUACCUACUUAGAAAAGUCUGUGAUGCUUCUCUUACACAGCCAGCGGCGUUACAUCUUUGAGUAUGACCAAUCGGAUUGUCUGCUCUCAGUCACCAUGCCUAGUAUGGUGCGCCACAGCUUACAAACCAUGCUUUCAGUGAGCUACUACCGGAAUAUCUACACCCCACCGGACAGUAGCACUUCUUUUAUCCAAGACUAUAGUCGAGAUGGCCGACUGCUACAGACCCUGCAUGUGGGGACAGGGCGAAGAGUUUUAUACAAGUACACCAAGCAAGCAAGGCUGUCUGAGAUUCUCUAUGAUACCACUCAGGUCACAUUAACAUAUGAAGAGUCUUCUGGAGUGAUUAAGACAAUACACCUGAUGCACGAUGGCUUCAUUUGCACAAUCAGAUACAGGCAAACAGGACCUCUUAUUGGACGCCAGAUUUUCCGAUUCAGUGAAGAAGGUCUUGUGAAUGCUCGGUUUGACUACAGCUACAACAACUUCCGCGUCACCAGCAUGCAAGCUGUGAUAAAUGAAACCCCUUUGCCCAUAGAUCUGUACCGAUAUGUUGAUGUCUCUGGUAGAACAGAGCAGUUUGGAAAAUUUAGUGUGAUCAAUUAUGACUUAAAUCAGGUCAUAACUACUACAGUGAUGAAGCACACCAAAAUCUUCAGUGCCAAUGGCCAAGUUAUUGAAGUCCAAUAUGAAAUCCUAAAGGCAAUUGCCUACUGGAUGACUAUUCAAUAUGAUAAUAUGGGCCGAAUGGUAAUAUGUGAUAUAAGAGUAGGAGUAGAUGCCAAUAUAACAAGAUAUUUCUAUGAAUACGAUGCUGAUGGACAACUUCAAACUGUUUCUGUAAAUGAUAAAACCCAGUGGCGUUAUAGUUAUGAUCUGAAUGGCAACAUCAACCUUUUAAGCCAUGGGAAUAGUGCUCGUCUUACUCCUCUCCGAUAUGACCUCCGGGAUCGCAUCACCAGACUAGGAGAAAUUCAGUAUAAAAUGGAUGAAGAUGGCUUUCUGAGGCAGAGGGGAAAUGAUAUCUUUGAAUAUAAUUCUAACGGUCUGCUGCAGAAAGCCUACAAUAAGGCUUCUGGCUGGAGUGUGCAGUAUUACUAUGAUGGGCUUGGACGACGUGUUGCCAGUAAGUCCAGCCUAGGACAGCACCUCCAGUUCUUCUAUGCAGACCUUGCCAACCCCAUAAGAGUUACUCAUUUGUACAACCACACAAGCUCAGAGAUUACAUCCCUGUAUUAUGAUCUCCAAGGUCACCUUAUUGCCAUGGAGCUAAGCAGUGGUGAAGAAUAUUAUGUAGCCUGUGAUAAUACAGGCACCCCACUGGCUGUGUUCAGCAGUCGAGGUCAGGUGAUAAAAGAGAUAUUGUACACGCCCUAUGGAGAUAUCUAUCAUGACACUUACCCUGACUUUCAGGUCAUCAUUGGUUUUCAUGGAGGACUCUAUGAUUUCCUUACUAAAUUAGUGCACCUGGGGCAAAGGGAUUAUGAUGUUGUUGCUGGUAGAUGGACGACGCCUAAUCAUCACAUAUGGAAACAGUUGAACCGCCUUCCUAAACCAUUCAACCUCUACUCCUUUGAAAAUAACUACCCGGUUGGCAAAAUUCAAGAUGUUGCAAAGUAUACCACAGACAUUGGCAGUUGGUUGGAGCUAUUUGGUUUCCAGCUACACAAUGUACUACCUGGAUUUCCCAAACCAGAGUUAGAAAAUUUGGAAUUAACUUAUGAGCUUCUACAGCUUCAGACAAAAACUCAAGAGUGGGAUCCUGGAAAGACUAUCUUGGGUAUUCAGUGUGAGCUCCAGAAACAGCUCAGGAAUUUCAUUUCCUUGGACCAACUUCCCAUGACUCCCCGAAAUAAUGAUGGACGAUGCCUUGAAGGAGGGAAGCAACCAAGGUUCGCCUCUGUUCCUUCUGUUUUUGGAAAAGGUAUAAAAUUCGCCAUCAAGGAUGGCAUAGUGACAGCCGAUAUUAUAGGAGUGGCCAAUGAAGAUAGCAGACGGCUUGCUGCCAUUCUCAAUAAUGCUCAUUACCUGGAAAACCUACAUUUUACCAUUGAUGGGAGGGACACUCACUACUUCAUUAAGCUUGGGUCUCUGGAAGAAGACCUGGUGCUCAUCGGUAACACUGGGGGGAGGCGGAUUCUAGAGAAUGGUGUCAAUGUCACUGUGUCCCAGAUGACUUCUGUGUUGAAUGGGAGGACUAGACGGUUUGCAGAUAUCCAGCUCCAGCACGGGGCUCUGUGCUUCAACAUCCGGUAUGGGACAACGGUCGAAGAGGAAAAGAAUCACGUGUUGGAGAUUGCCAGACAGCGCGCUGUGGCCCAGGCCUGGACUAAGGAACAAAGAAGGUUGCAAGAAGGGGAAGAGGGUAUUCGGGCGUGGACAGAGGGGGAAAAGCAGCAGCUUUUGAGCACUGGGAGGGUACAAGGUUAUGAUGGGUAUUUUGUUUUGUCUGUUGAGCAGUAUUUAGAACUCUCUGACAGUGCCAACAAUAUUCACUUUAUGAGACAGAGUGAAAUAGGCAGGAGGUAACAAAAAAAAUCUCUGCCUUUGCGUCACCAAAGACUGCCUGUUUUUAAAACAUAAAAUGGUUUAUUGUAUUGGUUUUCUAGAUCAGAACUCUGUAUAUGUAAAUAUGGAGGGAAAACAUAUCCAACUGCCUUUCAAUGUGACGGAAGAUGGUAUUUUAAUAUUGUUUAAACUCUUUAAGAAACGACAGAUUUUUAGUUCUCGUGUGGCAGUAUUCAAAAUAACACAAGUAGAACUGAAACAGCUAAAAACAAAAGGUUUUCAGAAAGCACCACUUUAAAUUUGUCGAGUCAUGCAUAUAUAUAUAUACAGAAUAUACAGAAUAUAUAUAUAUAUAUUCAAAUAUACAGAAAGAUCCCAAGGUUCUAUAUCUCUAUUGCGACAUGAAGUUUCAUAUUUAACUGUUGGCAGACAAAGUGGUGCAAUAAGUAUCUAAACCUUGCAUUUCGCAAGAAUGCCAGCGCUUUCACAUUUUCCAGAUCUGCUAUAGGACACUUCAAAGAAGUAUGAAAUGUCCUCAGCCACGAUCUCCUAGAGUCGAGAACCAUUUGCCCUUCCUCCCUGAUUAUUCCUUCCUGCUUGUUAAAGUAAAUGCCAUGUUGUUGUGCUGUGUUUGGGCGUGUGGUGGCUGCGUUCUGUCUACCAUGCUUCCCUAUGGGUGUGGUACCCAGACUGAAUUGCCACAAUUUGCUUGUGUGCGCCUGAUACCGAGGCAGCUGGCCAAUGUAACUUCUCCCAUACCACCUGUUUUGACUAAAUUUUGUUUUACUAAAUUGUCCAGCUGUAUUGGCGCCAUGUAAGCAUAGCUUUUAUUAACCUGGGUAGCAAUUUCUCAUUUAUAUAUAGGGUGUGUUUUGGUCAUAGUUUCACAUUAGUGAUUCAGUAUUUAUACACUAAUCCAAUAGUUUUGUGCACACGAAAGGUGACUUACUACAAAGUGUGAUUCUGGUACAAAAAAAAAGAGAGGCUUUAGCAGGCAUAUAUGCCUGGGAUGCCGAUAAAUUACAUUCACUACUACUGCAGAAAUUCAUAAGAGCCAAAACCUUUAAAAACUAGACUGAAUACUAAACUUGAAAUGAAAGUAUCAAAGGGGAGACCAAGCUAAACAUCACAGUAGUUGCUCUACAUUGUUUCAGCUCAGUUAGAUUUAUCUUUUAAAUGUACCAUUCUGUAUUGAACAUCUCCCAACCAUAGUCAGGAAAUUUAAUUAAGUGUACCCUUUCCAACCUAAAACAUUUCAACUAAUUAUAGAGAGACAGACUAUUUUUUAUUAAAAUAAUGUAUAUGGU